AUGUCCUCUGCUCAUGAUGCCACCACCAAGAUCUCCAUCGACAAGUUCGACGGCGACAACUACGCGACGUGGAGCCGCUACAUGCGUGGCGUGUUCCUGACCAAGUCGGCGUGGCACGUGGUGAACCGGGAGACCACCCCCACCUUCGCCGAUCCUCGCGCCAGUGACGACUACAUCAAGACGAACAACAUUGCGUUCGGCUUGAUGCUGCUGCACAUGAGCGCGGAUUAUCAUCACGUGGUUGAUGACUGUGAAGAGGCGUGGGUCGCGUGGGCGCGUUUGAAGACGCUGUACGGCGGGUCGCAGAAGGCUGGACGCAUCUACUUGAAGCGCCAGCUGUUCAGCAUGGAGAUGGCGGAAGGCGGCAAUGUGAUGCAUCAUUGCAACGAAGUCCUCAACAUCAGCGCGAAGCUCAGCAGCAUCGGCGCCAAGAUGGAGGACGAGGACGUGGCGAUCUGCUUGUUGCGCAGCCUCCCCAAGAGCUACGAGAACGUCGUUCUCAACUUGGAGAUGAGCAGCGCGGAACUGCGAUCGCGAGACGUCACUGAAGACGCGGCGAAGGCGUUCAGUGCCGAGCGUGAACCUCGCCAGUGUACAUACUGCGGAAAAUUGGGGCACACGGCGGAGCGGUGCUGGACCAAGCAGAAGGACGAAAAUCAAGGUGGAGCUCGACGCGGCGGCAACAAUGCUCGUGGACGCGGAGCCAACAACGUUCAGUGGCGAACCAACAGCAACUACGAUUACAACUACGAUCGAGUUGCGUUCGCGGUUUCGCUGGAGGCUGGACUUUCGACGGGCAAGAAUAUGCCAGGGAUGUGGGCAGUCGACAGCGGUGCGACGCAUCACAUCUGCAACGACAAGGCCAAGUUUGCAAGCCUGAAUGAGCGAGAGGAAGGCGAACUAUCAGUGGCUGAUGGCAGCAAGGCUGCGAUCAAGGGUGUGGGAACCAUCAUGGAACGGGUGGUUCUACCCAAUGGUGACGAACGCGACAUCGAGAUCAAGGACGCACUGUUCGUACCAAGUAUGAGCAAGAAUCUGCUUUCGGUGCCACAGAUCAACAAGGGUGGCAGGUUCCAAGUCGUGUUCGAUGGAUCCAAGAUGCAAGUGAAGCGCAAGAAUUCCACACUAGUCGUGGCAACAGCGGAUCUCGUCGAUGGACUUUACUGGCUGCGGACUCCUCAACGAUCGGCAAAUGCAGCAACACGCAAUGGGACCAUCGACUUGCAUGCGCGCAUGGGUCAUGCACCCCUCGAAGUUCUGCGCAAGAUGGUGGCCACUGGCAUGAUCAAGGACGCCAAGGCACCUCUCAACUCGACUGGUCCAAGUGUGUGUCGCGGUUGCCAGCAAGGAAAGAUGGUCCAAAAACCAUUCCCAACCAACCGUGACAAACGCCAAUAUGGUGUGUUCGAGUUGCUGCACUUCGACAUCUGCGGGCCAAUGGAACAAGUCUCGAUCGGCGGCAGCAAAUACUUACUGCUUGUGGUUGACGAAGCUAGCGGUUGCAUGAAGGGCUUCUGUCUGCGGUCCAAGUCUGAGAGUGAAGACUGUAUCAAGAACCACAUUAUCAAGAUUCAAACUCAGUUCGGCACGAAGAUCAAGUUUGUUCGGCACGAUGGAGCGCAUGAGUUUGCGACCAACUCCAUCAAGACCUUCUACGAAGAUCAUGGUAUCGAACAACAGAUCACGGUGCCGUAUGCACACCAGACCAACGGCACCGCAGAACGCGCGAUAAGGACCAUCGUCACGAUCGGACGCAGCUUGUUGCAUCAUGCAAAACUGGAGAAGUGUUUCUGGGCUGAAGCGGCAAUGACGGCGAUCUACAUCAAGAACCGCCUGCCUUCACCCAAGAUCGACCACAAGACUCCGUUCGAAAUCGUGUACAAGUCGAAACCAAGUGUCAAGCACAUGCGCGUGUUUGGAUGUCGGGCGUUUAUCCUGACACCAAGGGAGAAGCGAUUGAAGUGGGACCCGAAGGCUCGUGAAGGGAUGUUCAUGGGCUACGAAGAAGCGUCAAAAAGCUUAUCGAGUGUACGACAUUGA